AUGUAGGGUCACGUGAUACCAAAAUGUCUGAAGAAGUUGAUCCUAUUUCUACUGAACAAACAGAACAAGAGACUCAAAACAAAGAGCCUGCGUCCACUGAAACUGCUGCUGCAUCCAAAGACCCUCCUCCUCCAUCCACUGAAGGAGAAGAUUCAUCUAAAGACCCUGCUCCUCCAUCCACUGAAGGAGAAGAUUCAUCCAAAGACCCUCCUCCUCCAUCCACUGAAGGAGAAGAUUCAUCUAAAGAUCCUGCUCCAGCAUCCACUGAAGGAGAAGGUUCAUCUACUGAUCCUCCUCCUCCAUCUACUGAUCCUCCAGUUUCUGCUGCUGCUGAGGCUCCACCUCCAACAGGAGAAGCCUCUCCUAAAGUGGAAAGGCCCCAGUUGAACAUGGUUGGUGUUGUCAUUGGAGGAACUGGAGCUACCGGUCGUUCACUUGUCUCUUAUCUACUCCGAUCUAAAAAGGAAGAAUGGAGUAAAGUUAUACUAUUCAAUCGCCGUGCUAUUGAUAAUAUACCUGACGUUAAUUUGGAGGAGGAGAAGAGCUCAGGAAGACUUGUUGAACACGUUGUUGGGGACAUGUUUACUGUUCCUGAGGAAGAGAUAAAGUCAAAGUGUGAAGGAGCUGAUGUUUUCUUUUGCUGUCUUGGAACAACAAGAAGAGCUGCUGGAUCUGCAGAAGCAUUUGUGAGAAUUGAUCGUGAUCUUGUCGUAAGAUUUGCAGAGCAAGCUAAAGCAGCUGGUGUACCUCACUUCAGUUUAUUGACCUCCUAUGGAUCAAACCCAAACAGUUUCUUCCUGUACACUAAAACUAAAGGACAAGUUGAAGAGGCAGUUCGCCAAUUAAACUUUUCUUAUACAACAAUAUUGAGACCGGUCUUAAUUGGCAGAGGAGAAGAUAGGAGACUGGCUGAGAAAAUUGCUGGUAUAUUCUUUAAAGCAUUGCCAGUGGAAACUCUUGCUCAAGCAAUGGCUAUAGAUGCUUACCAGUAUAAGGGAAGCUCUACUGGAGCCACAGCAACUGAUAAUGUUGUGAUAAUGACUAAUUCAGAUAUAUACAGGACUGCUCAAGCUGGUCAAUGAAAGAAGACUCAAAUUAAAAGACUAUAAUUGAUGUUCAUAAAUAUGCUGCUUUUUAAUCUUAAUUUAAUGCACUUGCACUCAGAAACUUGUUGUUUUCAUGUUAAUUUCAUUCUUUGAUCCACUGAUGUUCUUUUGCUGUUGUAGUGAAGAAAUUUACCAAAAGCUAAAA